AUGGCUCACCUGAUCCGACACAAGCUCUCCAACAAGCUGACCAACGCGGCCCACACGGUGUCCAACAAAUCCCAGGCCAAGGUCAGUGGGGUGUUCGCCCGCCUGGGCUUCCAGGCUGCGACGGACGAGGAGGGCCUGGGUUUCGCCGAGUGCGAUGACCUGGAUUAUGACUACCGACAAGGGAUGCAGAUGGAUGUCCUUCAGGGCGAAAACGAAGGGGGACACGUGGAGGGAGAGGGGGAUCUGGACGGAGACAGCCACUACCAGAGGGACGGCACCGGGCCCCGGCCUGCGCCUCUGAAGACAGGAGGCUCCCUGGACGAGGACAAACCAAAAAUCACGACAUGGGAAGCUGGCUGGAACGUCACCAACGCCAUUCAGGGCAUGUUCGUCCUCGGCCUGCCGUACGCCAUCCUCCACGGCGGCUACCUCGGCCUCUUCCUCAUUAUCUUCGCGGCCGUGGUGUGCUGCUACACGGGAAAGAUCCUCAUCGCGUGUCUGUACGAGGACAACGAGGACGGCAUCAAAGUGCGCGUCAGGGACUCGUACGUGGACAUCGCCAACGCCUGCUGCGCGCCCCGCUUCCCGGCCCUGGGCGGACACGUCGUGAACGUGGCGCAGAUCAUCGAGCUGGUCAUGACCUGCAUCCUCUACGUGGUGGUCAGCGGCAACCUGAUGGUCAACAGCUUCCCGGGGUUCCCCGUCUCCCAGAAGGCCUGGUCCGUGGUGGCCACGGUCGCGCUCCUGCCGUGCGCGUUCCUGAAGAACCUCAAGUCCGUGUCCAAGUUUAGCUUGCUGUGCACGAUGGCGCACUUCGUCAUCAACGUCCUCGUGAUCGCCUACUGUCUCUCCAGGGCACGCGAAUGGGCCUGGGAGAAGGUCAAGUUCUACAUCGACGUGAAGAAGUUCCCCAUCUCCAUCGGCAUCAUCGUGUUCAGCUACACCUCCCAGAUCUUCCUGCCCUCCCUGGAGGGGAACAUGCAGAGGCCCAGCGAGUUUCACUGCAUGAUGGAUUGGACUCACAUCUCCGCCUGUGUCCUCAAGGGCCUCUUUGCACUGGUGGCCUACUUGACUUGGGCAGACGCUACCAAAGAGGUCAUCACAGAUAACCUGCCUUCAACCAUUAGGGCCGUGGUGAACAUCUUCCUCGUCGCCAAGGCGCUGCUAUCUUACCCGCUGCCUUUCUUUGCUGCAGUGGAGGUUCUGGAGAAAUCCUUCUUCCAGGACGGCGGCAGGGCCGUGUUUCCUGACUGCUACGGCCCCAAUGGGCAACUGAAAUCCUGGGGUCUGGGCCUUCGAGUCACCCUGGUAGUCUUCACCUUGCUCAUGGCUGUCUUUGUCCCCCAUUUUGCCCUUCUGAUGGGCCUAACUGGAAGCCUCACCGGCGCCGGCCUGUGCUUCCUCUUGCCGAGCCUCUUCCACCUGAGGCUCCAGUGGAGGAACCUCCUGUGGCACCACGUCUUCUUCGACGUUGCCAUUUUUGUUAUUGGAGGUAUAUGCGCCAUAUCUGGCUUCAUCCACUCAGUUGAAGGACUCAUAGAGGCCUACAGGUACAAUAUCCACGACUGA